UGUACACCGAAACAUGUCUCUUGGAACUACACACCAUUUGGUCAAACGAAGACAGGUCAACGAACCAUGGCGGUAUCAUCGAAACUCUGGUACGACAAACCGGCUAGCGAGUGGAACGAAGCUUUACCUAUUGGAAAUGGCAGACUUGGUUGUAUGAUCCACGGACGUACUGGGACCGAAUUGCUCUGCUUGAACGAAGAUUCAGUCUGGUAUGGCGGACCUCAGGAUCGUGUGCCGAAAGACGCGUUGAGAAAUCUUCCGAAACUAAGGGAGCUUGUCAGAGAGGGCCGACAUACUGAAGCAGAGAAGUUGGUUGAUCGAGCUUUCUGUGCGACUCCGAGUUGUCAAAGACACUAUGAGCCUUUGGGCAGUGUAAAGAUUGAUUUUGGCCAUAAAGCCGAUACAGUGACGAAUUAUCGCAGACAGCUUGAUUUGGAGACUGCUGUCCACAAGACGGAAUACAAUGAGGGUGAUUCCAAGGUGGAAAUUGAGAUGCUCGCAAGCGCAAUUGACCAAGUCAUUGCCAUAAGCGUUCGAAGCUCUGGGAAGAUGGAAUUCACUGUCAGGCUGACAAGACUCAGCGAUAUUGAGUUUGAAAGCCAUGAAUAUCUAGACUCUGUUGAGACGACAAACAAGCGAAUUGUGAUGCUUGCCACACCUGGUGGCUAUCAAAGUGUCAGAGCUUGUUGCACUCUUGGCGUCAACACAGACAAGGAAGGGACAGUAGUAACACAAGGUGGCUCGUUGAUUGUCAAUGCCAAAGAAACAUUGAUCGUGAUUGCCGCCAGAACGACUUUUCGCCACGCCGACUUCAAAGAAGUCGCCCAACAAGAUGUUUCAGCCGCUCUAGAGCGCGGAGCAGAUAAGAUUUGGGACUACCAUAUCCAAUACUAUCAGACAUUCUACAACCAGACAUCUCUCGAACUAGGGCCCUUGACUUCUGAAGAUGAAUUGCCAACAGACCAGAGAAUUCAGAAAGGCACAACACCGGCUCUCGUAGCUUUGUACACGAACUACUCACGCUAUCUUCUUCUAUCAUCAAGUUGCCCAAGCAAUAACCCAGACCAGACUCUAGAUUUGCCUGCCAAUCUUCAAGGCCUUUGGAACCCUUCCUUCCACCCGGCCUGGGGCAGCAAGUUCACUCUGAACAUUAAUCUACAGAUGAACUAUUGGGGCUGCCUUCCACUUUCAUUGAAGCCUUGUAUGCAACCGCUCUUUUCGCUUCUCCAUCGUCUCGCUCUGCCAGAAAAUGGUGAAAGGGUGGCCAAAGAAAUGUAUGGAGCUCGAGGGUGGUGCUGUCACAACAACACAGACCUGUGGGCAGACUGCUCACCUUGUGAGAAAUGGAUGCCAGCAACACUUUGGCCAUUAGGAGGUGCAUGGCUUUGUUCAUUCAUCUGGGAACACUACCUAUUCACUCAGUCUGUCCCCACGCUUCGAACCAACUUUCCUGUGUUAGAGGGUGCGGUUGAAUUCUGCCUCGACUGGCUAGUCACAGAAAGCUUCCCCAACGGUAAAGAUUAUAAAGUCACCAAUCCUUCCCUAUCUCCCGAGAACACAUUUUACGACGAGCAAACAGAAGAGAAGGGGGUUUUCUGCAGAGGGAGUAUGGCAGAUCUGACAAUCAUCUCCUCGCUCUUCGAAGACUACCUCAACGUUUGCAAGACUCUAGCUAUAAAGCCACAUCUCCUCCGAGAGGUCGGUCGCACGAUGCUCUCGCUGCCUCCGCCCUCGAUCUGCAAGAAAACAGGCAGAUUACAGGAGUGGGGUAUCGCGAAUCACAAAGAUGUUGAGCCAGGUCAUCGACACUUGUCUCAGCUUCUCGGUGUUUAUCCUUUCACCUGUAUAGACUUGGACGCUUCACCUAUACUAGCCCGUGCCGCCCUUCGCAGUCUCGAGAUCAGACUUGCAAAUGGAGGUGGACAUACCUCAUGGUCGCGUGCCCACCUCCUUUGCUUAUUCUCUCGCUUUCGACUCCCUGAUAAAGUGGCCGAGAACUUCUCAGCAUUAUUGAAGACUUCAACAUUGCCGAAUCUGUUUUCUUCACAUCCGCCUUUCCAGAUUGAUGGCAAUCUUGGUGCUGCGGCUGCGAUUGUGGAGUGCUUGGUGCAAAGCUUCGAGAUUACUGGACAAGGCCAGCGGGUGUUGGGAAUAUUACCUGCUUGGCCAGAAGCCUUUGGAACGGAAGGAGAGGCUCGCGGUAUUAGAUGCAGAGGUGGUUGGAAUGUUAGCUUCAAGUGGAGACACGGCCAGGUAGAUGGGAAAGUGGAAGUGCGAGAUGCUGCCGAGAAAGAUGAUGACAACCCGGCGGCUGGAGCAGAGACAGACCUAAAGGCAGAAGAGAGAGAAAGCAGGAAAGGAGUGGUUGUAUUUCCUGAUGGCAGGAUUGUUGCUUUUGAGGGAUUGGGACCCCAUCUAUGUUAAGUUAUGAUAUUUACAGCUGCCCGUCUCAGCCUUGUUUUUUGACUGUAACCG